GCUUGCCUGGCUGGUGAUCACCACUAUUCACGAUGAUCACGAUCACGCCCCGUAUCGCUGCCUCAAUCGGGAUUCGGGCUCUGCCCGCUACGAAGAGGCGGGGUGGCUGCCCGAGAAGCGCGUAGCGCAAACACGGCGCUGUUUAUACUGCAUCGAGCUCACAUCUAGCGGCGCGCGGGGGUCCGAGGUACCACAGUCAGAACGCGAGCGCAAUUAAAGGGCCUCUGCGCAUUGGGCAGGCCCGCGGCUAGCUCUCUGCCCUACGCCAUUGCUGCAUGGUAACUCAUCACUCCGAGGUCCAGCGGAUCAGGGGUUUAUCGUCAAGCGCCGAACCAGAUAUCCAGGUACUUGUCUCACGACUGCGUUGGAGCACCUAUGGCUCAAACUUCAAAGUAGGAUCGAUGUUCGUAGCCCUCUCCCUCUUGCCCCCCAAAGGUACCGAGGCCGAAUGCGCGCUGCGCAGGAUUGCGCCAAUGCACUUUCGGAGCUCUAAUCGAGACGUAGCCACUCGAGGUGCGCAGCGAGCGCCGCAAUGCGAUCCUCGUAGCCAGAACAAACGAGUCUGCGGUGCUUUGACUUGCCCCGAAGUUGGGCGCGAUCGACGUCGCGCGGUGAGAAUAAUAUCGUGCGGACUCCCUAGCUUAGAACACUCCGUUCCUCAAAACAUGUCUGCGCCGCGCUUCAGCCUAGAUACCGCGCAGCGGGAGACUCGCUCGUCGCUCUAAAUGGGUGAGAGGGCUUUACGUGUUUGCGCUCCACUCAGUUCAAUAACGAGUACCCCCAGAGUCACUUCUCCCCGCUCGGCACGCCGCACGGACGAGGUGUAAAGCGGUGUGCGCAGUCCUGGGUUUCUUCCCUACUCGCU